UUCACUUCCGGCGUUUUGUCAGAUUUUGGUUUUGCCGCAUGUACCGUCAUUUACAACACGAUAACUGUUAUUAUGCGUGUGAUCAAAUCUUCCUGUGAUGCAUAUUGCUUGACUUGACUUAACAGAUUUGAUUUAAAACGAGAUUUGAAUACAUCUAUCGUGAAAUCAGAUGAAAUUGUCAAGCAAACAUUUAGCGGUUUUCUCUUGCUAUAAACAGCUGUUAUCAGCUUGUUAUAUCUGCUGAACGACAGCAAAGUUAUUUUUUAUGUAAAGGAAAAGAUUGGAUAGCCAGUAAAAGGCAUGUCCAUCCACAACAUUCUGAUCAGCAGGACCAGUGAUGGUCUUCUCCUGACUGCAAACACUGACACCAGGGGGUGUAGUGAUCCAGAAGAACUGAAGAAGAGUUUCAACCAAGCUAAGUUGUUAGCCAGGAUCAGUGCACGGAUACCCGAUCGAGCAACCUAUGUCAUGGACCAAUUUGCAAUACACAUGAUAUCGGCCCUCAACUUGACCUACUUGGUAAUAUGUGACAGUAACUACCCCAGCGUGCUCGCCUUUGCCUUCCUGGACGAGGUGCAGAGAGAAUUUUUACAGAGCAACGAGCGAAGUCAUGUGGAAUCUGUGACACGACCUUACGCCCUGAUACAGUUUGACACAAGCCUUCAAAAGAUUAAGCAGAGAUACAACAGUUCCCGUUCACUGCAGAGCAAGCUGAACCUGUCACAGCUGCAGGAGGAGAUUAGGCUCCGCCCUCCCCACAUGAUCACCCCAGAGGAGCUCCGCCCAGGGGGAGGGGCAUCAGCUGACAGCUCUAAUGACAUUCAAACUCAUUUUACUUUAGCCAUUCCAAAGAGGUAUGGCAACUACCUUCCCAUUAAUCUUCUGGUGGUUGUGUCCAUCUGUCUGAACUGUUUGUGUGCCUUUAUGAACUUCACCAGAGGAAUCACAGUUAUCAAUGAUGCACAUAUAGAGGACUUUUCAAAAGACCAUUAUCAAAAUGCAGCUAGUUUCAUCUUUUGCAGUUUUCUACUACUAUUCCAGAUAUACCUUAUGUGUUACCCCCGCAAACAGAGGAAGCCCCUGGCGUGUGCCACCCUGGGCAGUGUUUGUUUGUGUCAGCUGUAUCUAUGGGAACUACGAAACAACGUACAGAUCUUCUUCCAUGUGACUGUCGCGUGCUACGGAACGUUUGUGAUAUUUACUAGACCUGUGCAAGAGAAACUACCCCAGUACACUCUAUAGCAGUAGCACAAUCUACGAAAUUUAUGCUGAUUUAAUUUAAUUUUUCUUCACUUGUUUGUUGCAUUUUAGUGUAAAGAAAUUAUUUUUGAAUGUUUUUUGCAUGGUGUUUUGAAGUUUAUUAUUCUUGACAAUUAUAGAAAAAAAAAUUGAUAAUCAUUUUGAUAUUAAUCAUUUUGAUUUUAUUGCUCAAGUAUUAUGAUAAAGUAUGGGGUACACAUAUAUCUUUAUGCUGGUAAUUACACCAAACAAGACAGUGAAUAGAACCCUCUAUGAUGCUAUGUGCCCAAUGGUUAGAU